AUGGUCUCUGCCAAGACUUUGAUCGCCAGCCUGGCGGCCGUUGGGGCCUUGGCUGCCGAUGUGCCCUCGCUUCAAAUCAAGGGAUCCAAAUUCUUUUAUCCCAAUGGCACGCAAUUCAUCAUUCGCGGCGUCGCCUACCAGCAAGAUUCCUCGGCUGGCGGCAGCGACGCCCCCAAGAGCAACGCUACAUUCAUCGACUCUCUCGUGAGCAAGUCCAACUGUGAGCGCGACAUUCCCAACCUGGUGUCCCUAAACACCAACCUCAUCCGCACCUACGGCGUCGACCCCAAUGGCAACCACGACGAUUGCAUGCAGAUGCUCGCAGACGCGGGCAUCUAUGUCAUUGCCGACCUGGGCAACCCCACCAUCUCCAUCAAUCGCGCCGACCCCCAGUGGAACGUUGGUCUCUUUACCUUUUUCCAGAGCGUCGUCGACACCAUGGCCAAGUACCCCAACGUUGUUGGCUUCUUCGUCGGCAACGAAGUCACCAACAGCAACACCACCACCGGCGCAUCUGCCUAUGUCAAGGCUGCUGUCCGCGACAUGAAGCAGUAUGUCAAGGACAAGAAUUACCACACCGGAAUUGGCUAUGCCGCCGACGACUCGUCGGACCUGCGUAACACGAUUGCCGAGUACAUGAACUGCGGCGACGCAUCCGCCGGUGUCGACUUUUACGGUUACAAUGUGUACGAGUGGUGCGGCGAUUCCACUUUUGAGACCUCUGGCUACAACCGCAUUCUCGACUUUUUCCAGUCGUACUCUGUCCCCGCCUUCUUUGCCGAGUAUGGUUGUAACAAGCCCGGCGGUGCCGCCAAGCGCGAGUGGCAGGAGACUGGCGCCCUGUACGCCAAGAACAUGACUGACGUCCUGAGCGGCGGCAUCGUAUACGAGUACUUUGAAGAGGAAAAUGACUAUGGUCUCGUCAAAGCUUCGGAUAGCGACAGCACCGUCACCAAGCUCGACGACUUUGACACGCUUGAAAAGGCCAUGAAGGCCGUCGACCCACAGGGCGUCUCCAUGUCCAGCUACAAUCCCUCCAACAAGGCUGCUUCCUGCCCUUCCGUCAACUCUUCCUGGGAGGCCGAGGGCAGCACGCUCCCUCCCACGCCCAACCAGGCCGCCUGCGAAUGCGCCGCCAACGCGUCCACCUGCGUGCCCGCCGCCAACCUCGACAAAUCCGCCUACGGCGCCAUUUUCAACUACACCUGCGCCGACGCGUCCGUGUGCUCGGGAAUCAACGGCGAUCCCUCGACGGGCAAGUACGGCGUCUACAGCAUGUGCUCUGACGAGCAGAAGCUGGCCAUUGUCCUCGGCGUGUACCAUACGAAGCACGCGGACGCUUCCGACUCGUGCUCGUUUGGCGGCAAUGCCACGACGCAAAAGGGCUCAGGCAAGACGGACUGUUCCAAGCUGGCGCCCAGCUCUGGCAGCAACAGUAGCAAUUCGUCCAGCAAGGAGAACGCCGGCGCGGCGGUCGGCGCUCCUGGCUACGGCGUUGUGGUGUCCCUGGCAUCCCUGGUGGCGCUGGUGGCAUCGGCCAUGGUUGCUCUGUAG